AUGCCUCGCCGGUUACUCAGGCGUUUUGCAGCCGAUGCGGGCUCUAAGAAUGAGGAUGAAGAUUCGACCUCCACUCUUGCACUCACCGCGAACACGUCUCGGUCUGCCGACUCACCGAGCGUAACAUCAAGUACGGGGAAGCGUAAGCGGGAUGCCCUAAAGCCAAAAACAACGACCGCCAUCGCCAGCCAGGAUGAUGCCAAUGUACGCAGGUCAUCUCGAAAAGCACUCAAGCUUGAGGACGAGGAGGGAGGCCAGCCCAGCGGCCGCAAGGCCAAACGUCAACCAUCCAAGCGUAUCAAAGGCCAGAACGGUACUACGACCGUUGAGCCGCCACCCGGCUGGGAAGAAGUCUACGACAUUACUGCAGUCAUGCGCAGACGAGUGCUAGCUCCUGUUGAUACUAUGGGCUGCGAAGACUUAGCAGAUAGAAAGCGGUCGCCACGAGAUCAGCGUCUGCAGACUUUGGUAGCACUGAUGCUAAGCUCGCAGACGAAGGAUACUGUCACCGCGGUUGCGAUCAAGCGAAUGCAGGAAGGUCUUCCUAGUGGCUUCAACCUGCAAAGCCUAAUUGAUGUCGAGCCUGACGAACUGAAUCGACUGAUCGAGAAGGUCGGCUUCCACAAUAACAAGACCAAGUUCCUGAAGGCCGUUGCGAUCAUUCUUCGAGACAAGUUUGAUGGUGAUAUUCCCGACACGAUCGAUGGAUUUAUAUCGCUACCUGGUGUAGGUCCGAAAAUGGCGUACUUGUGUAUGUCAGCUGCUUGGGGUAGAGACGAAGGCAUCGGUGUGGACGUCCAUGUCCAUCGUAUCACGAAUCUGUGGGGUUGGCACAAGACCAGUACACCUGAGCAGACUAGGGCUGAGCUGGAGUCUUGGCUACCGAAGGAGAAAUGGCAUGAUAUCAACCAUCUUCUUGUUGGGUUCGGGCAGACUAUCUGCUUACCUGUUGGACGACAUUGUGGAGAGUGUGAUCUCGCGAACAAGAAGUUGUGUCCAAGUGCUGUUGCUAGUAGCCCAACGAAGCGGAGAGUAAAGAAGGAGGUUGAGAUCAAGAUAGAUGAAGAUGGCGAGAGCAAGCCCGUGGAGGUUGAAGGAUUGGUUGUCGAGAAAGCUGAUAUCGCUGUGAAGAUCGAAGAAGAGUCGAAAGAAAUGGGCAACGUGGAGGAGGUUCUCUUGGCGGGGGAUGUUGAUACUGCGGCAAGACAGGACGCAUCAUAUAUAUUUAAUGUCGUUCAUCCCCCGCAAGCAAAUCGUGCCUCGGUAUGA